AUGGCCGAACUAAGCAAAUACUUCUACGAGGCGACCGCCGGUAAGACCUGCCGUGACCUUUGCCAUCCCGAGUACGCCUCCUGCUGGAUUUCGUUCGUCGAAAGUGCGCGGCGCUUGCUACCGGGGAGCUUCAAACUGUAUCUACCGUAUCUGAUGAUUCCCGCUAUGAUUAAGGGCGGUGGAUACACACGGAAAUAUUGGCGGGAUAGCAUCCUGGGAUACUUCGAUGUGUCCUUUAAAACCUAUCUGAUUGCAAUUAGCGGACUUACCAUGCAGUGUUUGUUCUAUAAAUUUUUCGGUGAAUUGCGCUUCUACUGGGUUAUGGCCGCUCCGGGAUUUUUCAGUACUGCACUCUCACCAAAGCUUGCCAAAGUGCAUCUAAGACUGCAAGGCAUUACCUAUUUUAAUAUGAUGAUUGAAGUCAUAAUAAAGAAGAGUAAAUAUCGUCUACUGGAGGCGGUCCGGGAUUCAAAGCUACUUGGAACGAUCCUAUUUAUGAUUUUUAACGCUAGAAUUUUGGACAUCCUGCAAAAAGUUUCGAUUAAUCAUUUCUGGUUUGCCUAUCCGGUGAAGAUCAAGCAGGUGGAUCGGAAAUCGAAAGAUGACAGUCGGGUGCUGGGCACACUCUUCCCUAGUGCCCACCAAGCCUGCUCCCACGAACGGUCUUGCGAUGUUUACAUUAUAGAUGGCUUCCUGAAGUACUCCCUCACGGGAUUGAUCAUUGAAGUCGCUAAAGCCUUCUUCAACAAAUUCCCGGUGCUGGUCAAGGAACCGCACAACUUUUGCUCGGAAUUCCGCCGCGUUCUCAGCACGAAGCUGAUGUACUUUCUGGGAAUCUACAUUGGCAGCUAUCGAUUGCUGGCAUGUCUCUUUAGUCGGCACUUCGGAGAAGAUCGCCCCCUCUGCAACCAACUUGCUGGCUUCUUCGGUGGUCUGUCCUAUCUACUCUAUCCCAGGUACCAGGUUCUUACGUUGGCUUUCACCAAGUUUAUCGAGGUUUCGUGGGAGUACUAUUUUAAAACUGCCAAGAACAUUCCCCACUGGAUUCGGCAGUUGGAUCGACUACCGUGGCUCCGUAUCGUCUACGUGCUCUCCGUAACCUAUAUGUACCACACGCUGGUCUUCUAUCCCCAUCUGUCGCCCUCGUUCAACAGCAAAGCAAUCAACUACUGCUCGGACAACCGCGUCGAACGGCUGAAGCGACGUCUCAGCAUGUCUUCGCUCAGUAAGUGUUUCUACGAAGCUUCGGCCGGCAAGACCUGUCGCGACCUUUGGCACCCGCAGUUCGAUAGCUGUUGGCACUACAUUUUCGACCUGUGGAAACGAAUCAUGCCGGGCAGCUUUAAGCUGUACAUUCCGCUGCUGGUUCUGCCACCUUUGGUGAAAUCGGAUGGAGUGACCGGGGCGUACCUUGUGAAUCACUUUCUCGAAUACGUCUACAUCUCGAUUGCGACCUAUGUGCAGGCAGCACUGUCACUAACCUUUCAAUGUGGCUUUUCAAAUUUGUUCGGUUACCUCAACUACUGGUGCGUCAUGUUCUGGCCGUGUUUGCUGGGUGUCGCUAUUGGACCGAAGCUGCCUGCCCAGCAUCUUCGGUUGCAAGGCAUUACUUUCUUUAACAUGAUGGUUGAAACGAUGAUUCGUAAAAGCCGCGUUGGUGUCGUUCAAUAUCUUAGAAGCUCGCGACUGUUCGGAACUUUCAGUUUCAUGAUUCUUAGUGCAAUCAUAAUGACACAACUACACUCUGGUGUUGUUAAACAAUUCUGGUUGAUUAACCCACCGGAACCCAAUGGUACCGAGGCAGGGCGCUGCUCGCACAAACGCUCCUGCCGGCACUUCCUUCUGGAUGGAAUGGUGAAAUAUGCCAUCGUCGGAUUCAUCCUCGAAUCCGUUCGAGCAUUGAUCACCAAAUUUUCGCUACUGAUGACCGAUCGAUCGGCAUUUCUGCCGGAGUUCAUAGCGCUCUGCAGCACCAAACUGGGACUGUUUCUGGCGUUCUACGUUGGCAUCUAUCGGGCGACGUGCUGUCUGCUGACGCGUCAUCAGCUAAACCAUACCAGUCCGUUGCAGUCCACGACGGCUGGAUUCCUGGCCGGCUGUGCCUACUGGAUUUACCCGAAGUACCAGGUUUACACGCUUGGGAUUACCAAGGCUAUUGAGAUAUCCUGGGAGUACUGGAUGAAAACAGGUCAAAACAUUCCUACUUUUGUGAAACGAUUGAACCGGUUGCCCUUCGUGUUCCUGGCGCAAAUGAUUUCGUUUGGAUAUCUUGGUCACAUCUAUGCCUUUCAUCCGCAUCUUUCGCCCUCGUUCCAUAUUAAGGCAAUGAAUUUUUGUUCGAAAAACCUCACGCUAGGAAUGCGCCGAAGGAUCAUGGCGUGGAUUAUAGGCCACGGUGUAUAA